GGCUUUGUCCGCCCCCUCCGCCUGAGGGCGGCUGCGGCGGCGACGCGAUGGCGGAGGAGGGAGAGGCGGACUGGGUGGUGGACAGCCUCGCCGCCUUCCUGCGCGGGCCUGUUUGGUCCGGCCCCGUCCUGGAGUUCAUGGAGCAGAAGUGCGCGGUUUUUGAUGAUGAAGAAGAAAGCAAAUUGUCUUAUACAGAGAUUCAUCAGGAGUACAAAAUUCUGGUUGAGAAACUGCUAGCUGGUUAUCUUAAAGAAGUUGGAAUUAAUGAAGAAAAAUUUCAAGAAGCAUGUUCAUCUCCUCUUGCAAAAUCACAUACUUCACAGGUCAUUUUGCAACCUGUACUGGCAGCAGAAGAUUUUAGACUAUUCAAAGAAAUGAUGGUACAAAAAAAUAUUGAAAUGCAGCUGCAAGCCAUUAGAGUCAUUAAAGAGAGAAAUGGUGUACUACCUGGCUGUUUGACAGAUGGCUCUGAUGUAUUUACUGAAAUUGAACAGCAAGAAAUGAAAAUACUGAGGGAAGUUUUAAGGAGGUCUAAGGAAGAAUAUGAAAUAGAGCAAGAUAAGAAAAGGACUAAAGAGUCCAAGGAACAUGAUAAAUUGAAGUCAGCAGAUGUUACAUACAACCGUCCAGGAUAUUCAAGUGAAGCUGCAAAAGUUAAGGAAUCCCUUGAAAAUGUUGAGAGAGUCGAUGACUUUGAAGAAAUUGCAAAAUUAUCAUUAGAAGAAACACAGAAAUCCGCUAGGGAAAAAUUAAGGCCAGUGCAGUGUCCCAUAAGAGAGCCAGAACGCCCUCCAGAGCUUGCCACAACCAAAGUGAAAGAAGAGACUAAGCAAAAGGCAACUGGAAAUUGUUCAGAAAAUUUAACAGGAGAAGCUGGGACUGAAGGACUUAAUUUAUCAGAGCUUGGAGUACAUGAGCUCAAACAACGAGAAGAUUACCUGAAGCAGAAGAGAGAUGUACUGAUGGCUAUGAAGAAGGAGUCAAGAAGUAAUGUACAGUCACCAUCAAAUACAGAUCAGAAAGAAGAGGCAUUAUCUCCUAAAGAGGAAAUGUCAGAAGAGGAGAAGCAAAGACUGCUGCUAAAGAGGAGAAUGCUUGCAGCAAAACUUAAAGAAGAAGUUAUUAAUAAGCGGUAGUUCAAGGAAUUUCAGGCCAUAGGAAAAGAACAGAAUUUCAUCUAGAAUAAAUUAUUUAACCAACAA